GUCCAUAUUUAACCAACCCACCUGAGUCCCUCUGCAUGCUCACAGAAGCGGACCGUAACCGGGUUUGGAUGCACUGCGCAUGCCUGUGAGAACCACACUGCUUCGGGUCCAUAGACUUCAAGACAUCUCACAUCCAGUAACCAUCAUGGGCAGUUAAGAAAAAUAGGCUAGUCAUCUGCUGUGUGGAGGACAGAAGGUUAGCAAUACCCCAGGGCAUUCCUCCUCCCUUCCCACUUAGGCAGUCCAGCGAGUUUCCAGCACCAUGGCUGAAGAAGACUAUGGCAGCUUUGUGGACUGGAACCAGAUGGGGGAGCUGGCCAAGAGCAGCGGGCCCACCAAGGUAGACUGUAAAGACCUGAAAGAGUUCAAACAGAUGGCUCGUCAAGGUUACUGGGCCAAAAACCACAAACUACGGGCACAAGUCUACCAGCAGCUCAUCAAAGCCAUUCCCUGCCGUACAGUUACCCCAGAUGCAGAAGUAUAUCGUGACAUUAUGGGAAAUGCAGCCACUAAGAAGCCCUCCUCCAACAUCCCUCUUCCAGAUUUUGUGGAUGGAAGUCCUGUGCCACGGUACUGCCUGAAGGCAGAGGCAGUAGGCUCGGUCCAUCAGAUUAUCAACUGCCUAGCCGGACAGUUUCCAGAUAUCUCCCACUGCCCAUCACUACCGGCUAUUACUUCACUGCUGCUGCACUUCAGCAUAGACGAAGCUCAGUGUUUUGAGCACGUCAGCCGCAUGCUGGCCUGCAAUGAGCCGGGCAAACGAAUGCUGGACCAGACUUUCCUGGCCUAUGAGUCCAGCUGCAUGACUUUUGGUGACCUGGCCAACAAGUACUGCGCACCUGCCCACAAACUGAUUGUGGCCACAGCCCAGGAUGUGCUUGAAGUCUACUCGGACUGGCAGAGCUGGGUGUUUGGUGACCUGCCUUUCAGCCACGUGGUGAGGAUCCUGGAUGUCUACCUAGUGGAGGGCUACAAGAUUCUCUUCCGUGUGGCUAUAGCCUUGCUCAAGUUUUACCGCAAGCAUAAAGCAGGGGUCCAGGGAGGCCAGGGCAACCAGCAACAACAGGAUUCAGGCAAAGUUAAGGCUGACAUUCAAGCUUUCGUCAAGGGCAUCGCCUCCACCGUCUCACCCGACAAGUUGUUAGAGAAGGCCUUCUCCAUCCGUCUGCUCAGCCGUAAGGAGAUCACCCUGCUGCAGCUCACAAAUGAAAAGUCCCUGCAGCAGAAAGGAAUCACUGUCAGACAGAAGCGUUUUAGGGGGAAUGUGCAGCUGGCACUUAACCCUGACACCUUCUCCUCGGAGAUUGUCAGUGCCAAGGAGAUGCGGGUCAUCUGGUCGUGGAUCCCUGAGCGCUUUGCCCUGUGCCAACCACAGCUCCUCUUCACCACCUCCACCCAUGGUUGCAGCCUAAAUAGAUUCUACUCUCAUUGUGAAGGCUACGAACCCACUCUGCUCCUCAUCCGGACCACAGAUGGUGAUAUAUGUGGAGCCUUCCUGUCCACAGAUUGGGAGGAGCGGAAGAGAGGAGGCAAUAAAUUGAGCUUCUUUGGAACUGGGGAGUGCUUUGUCUUCAGG